CACGUGUUUCCAGAUUUUAUGAAACCACUCGGAGCGUACGUUUACGUUUGCGAGCCUAAUCCGGAUAAAUAUUACAGUGACUUUCUAUUGCCAUUUUGGGAAAAUACAUAUAGAUAUUUUGUUCGGUCUGUUCUAAAAUUUAGAGUGUAAGACCACUUUUUAGUUUGUGUUUGUGUCAAAUACAAAUUAUCCUCGACGACUGCUGUUGAAAGAACGCGAGCACUUAUAAUGUAAACAACUUUGCGAACCUCCAUCCGGUGUCCGCGUGUGUUAGUUCGUAAACCGGUCGUACGAUGGGACCAUUAUCGUUUCUGAUGGAGAGAUAUGUGACCUGCUGCUUUUUAUGUCUCACUUUGGCCGUUUCAACCUUCCAAGCAUUUCAAGAGGAAUGGUCCACGGUUCACCUUUUGGAAGAGCCGGAGUUUGCCGCCCCCAUCAAUAAUUUAACAGUUCCUGUGGGAAGAGAAGCUAUUUUGUCGUGCACCGUCAAUAAUCUGGGGAAAUACAAGGUGGCUUGGGUCCGAGCAGAGGAUCAAACUAUACUGAGCCUACACACGAAGGUGGUAACGCAUAAUAGCCGGAUUGGUGUGACACAUGACAACUUAAAUACCUGGCAAUUACGAAUCCGACAAUUGAAGGAAUCGGAUCGUGGAUGUUACAUGUGCCAGAUAAACACUGCAAUUAUGAAAAUACAGGAGGGAUGUCUCGAUGUUUACGUUCCACCUGAUAUAAUCAACGACGACACCAGCGGGGACCUUUCAGUCUCGGAGGGCGAGAACGCUACCCUCUGGUGCAAGGCCACAGGUCAUCCAGCGCCGCGCAUCGUGUGGAAGCGGGAGGACGGCCAAUCAAUUGUAUUGAGGAAGGGCCCCAGAGAAUACGCCAGAGUCGAGACCUAUAAUGGCACAAACCUGAACUUUUGGAGAUUAGAAAGGAGACAAAUGGGAGCAUAUCUUUGUAUUGCCAGUAACGACGUUCCACCUGCAGUUAGUAAAAGAAUUGCUUUAAAUAUAAAUUUUGCUCCCAUGAUUAAAGUGCCAAAUCAACUUCUUGGAGCACCCCUUAAUACAGACGUACAACUCGAGUGCUACGUUGAAGCUUUUCCAAAUACUAUAAAUUAUUGGAUUAAAAACCGAGGGGAAAUGUUACUAAAUGGGAGCAAAUAUGCCAUACGAGAAGACCGGAGCGGAUAUAAAGUGUUUAUGUGGUUGAUAAUCAGAUCAUUUUCACCCAAUGACAUCGGAACCUACAACUGCGUAUCGACAAAUUCAUUAGGCAGAGCAGAAGGAACGUUGAGGCUUUACGAAAUAAAAGUAACUCCAGGGAGUGCCCACGAGGAUGCUUUGAGCAUUGUUGGAGGAUUGGCAGAGCCAGCAAGAGGUCACAGGACAAAUACAUGCUCUGCGACAUCGCUAUCUUCUACAAUAUUUUUUCUAUUAUGUUUUAUACAGCUUUUCUUGAGUUGACGGACCUUAUAAAUAUCAUGUACAAUAUUAAUAUCGCGCAUAUUGUAAAAAAUACUAAGUAAUCAUAUGGUAAAAGUAAAUUUAACUACCAUUUCUCAAGUACUCGUUAAAUGUUUCUUACAUUGAAAAAGUAUAGACUGUUGGGCCUAAUAGAUAGUUUGAGUAUAUUAGAUAUGAAGGCUAUGAUGUAAACGAGAUUCAUAGUAGAUAUGUUUGAUUUAGAACGGUUAUUACAUUUAUCUUUUAAGAGAAACUUUGAUCUUGUAAAUAUCGUAAUUCCUAAAGUCGGACUAUAUAUAAUGUGUAUAUAAUUACCCCCCCCCCUCUUUUUACGAGAUGUGUAAUUAUUGUGCUAAGAAAAAUAUUAAGAAUAUAUAUUAUGCUGUUGACAUAUACCUAUAAUUUUGCGUAUUUAUGAUAAAUAUCUAAUCUCUUAGCCAAAAUCCUGAGUGAUUAAAUUAGCGGCGGUUAUUAGUUAAAGACGUAAUAAUAUUUUAAUAUACAUAUAGCCCUUAAACUGUAACAAAUUAUAUCUGUGGAAUGGUUUGAGGCCACAACAUCUACCUACAACAAAAGAAUGCUAAUUUUUUCCAUAUGUAUAUAAAUGAGAUUAAUUAAUAUUAAAAAAUGUCUAUACCUAU